ACCAUGGAUCAGAAGUCUCUCUGGGCAGGUCUAGUGGUAUUGAUGCUUCUCCAGGGAGGAUCGGCCUACAAACUUGUUUGCUAUUUCACCAACUGGUCCCAGGAAAGACAGGAACCAGGAAAAUUCACCCCUGAGGAUAUUGACCCUUUCCUCUGCUCUCAUCUCAUCUAUGCCUUUGCGGGCAUCAGUAACAACAAGGUCAACAUCAAUGAUAAGAAUGCGGCACUGCUUUAUCAGACCAUCAACAAUCUCAAAGCCAAGAAUCCCAAACUGAAAAUUCUUCUAUCCAUUGGAGGAUACCUGUUUGGCUCCAAAGGAUUCCACCCCAUGGUUGAUUCUUCUGCAUCACGUUUGGAAUUCAUUAAUUCUGUCAUCCCAUUUUUGAGGAACCAUAACUUUGAUGGAUUAGACAUAAGCUGGAUCUAUCCAGAUAGGAAAGACAACGCUCAGUUCACUGGGCUGAUUCAUGAGCUAGCAGAAGCUUUUCAGAAUGACUCUGUAAAAUCCACCAAAACAAGGCUUCUCUUGACUGCUGGCGUGACCUCCGGAAGGCAAAUGAUUGAUAGUAGCUAUCAGAUCAAGAAACUGGCAGAAGAUGUGGAUUUCAUCAAUCUCCUGUCUUUUGACUUCCAUGGGCCUUGGGAAAAGCCCCUCGUCACUGGUCACAAUAGUCCUCUAAGAAAGGGGAAGCUGGACAGAGGGUCAAGCUCUUACUAUAACGUGGAAUAUGCUGUGGGGUACUGGAUACAUAAGGGAAUGCCUGCAGAAAAGGUGAUCAUGGGAAUCCCCACAUAUGGACACUCCUUCACACUGGCAUCUGCGGACACUACCCUGGGGUCCCCUGCCUCCGGUCCUGGAGCUGCUGGCCCCAUCACCAAGGAAGGAGGCGUCCUGGCCUAUUACGAGAUCUGCCAAUUCCUGCAAGGAGCCAAGAUCACCAGGCUGCAGGAGCAGCAGGUCCCCUAUGCAGUCAAAGGGAGCCAGUGGGUGGGUUAUGAUGAUGUGGAGAGUGUGAAGACUAAGGCUGAGUUUCUGAAGAAUUUACACCUUGGAGGGGCCAUGAUGUGGUCUAUUGACCUGGAUGACUUCACAGGCAAAUCCUGCCAACAGGGCCUCUAUCCCCUUGUCCAAGCUGUCAAGAAAAGCCUUGGAUCCCUAUGAAGGCUGAACUUAAAGC